UUCAUUUUCACAGAGAGAGAGAGAGAGAGAGAAGCAGACAGAAGGAGUGGGGCUUCGAGAUCUAGGGUUUCUGCGGGAAUGCAGAGGAUGGCGACGGACGAUGCUCGAGCGGGAGAGCACCAGCUGAGCAUCGUCGACUCCGAUGGCUGCAGUGGCCCACUCAGUGGUCCCCUCAACAAGCGAGCUCGCUUCAACCUCCCAGAGGCAGCGCCGGCGAGGGACGACCAGAUGUACGUGGAGAUCACGCUCGACGUUCGUGAAGAUUCGAUGGGCGUGCACAGCGUGAAGGCGGCGCGUGACGGUGAGUGCGAGGAUCCGGAGGUGACGUUGCUGAAGAAGAAGAAGACGCUGGAGAAGAAGGCGUCGUUCGGAUCGACGGCGAUCAAAUCGGCAUCGUCGCGGAUCCGCCAGGUGUCGCAUGAGCUGAGGCGGCUUGCCUCCAUGACGAAAAAACCAUCGCCGGGGCUGAUGGAUCGGUCGAGAUCCGCGGCGGCGCAUGCUCUCCUGGGGCUCAAGUUCAUCAGCAAGACCGAUGGCUCCGCCGGAUGGCCGGCCAUUGAGAAGAAGUUUGAUGAGCUCGCCGUUGAUGGUGCCCUACAUCGAGCCCUCUUUGGCCAGUGCAUAGGGAUGAAGGAAUCAAAGGAAUUCGCGGGAGAAUUAUUCGAUGGAUUAGCGAGGAAGAGGAAUAUAAUUGGGAAUUCGAUUACCAAAUCGGAGCUGAGAGAGUUCUGGGAUCAGAUCUCAGACCCCAGCUUUGAUUCCCGCCUCCAGACCUUUUUCGACAUGGUUGACAAGAACGCUGAUGGGAGAAUUAACGAGGAAGAGGUCAAGGAGAUAAUUUUAGUGAGUGCAUCUGCAAACAAGCUGUCAAAAAUCCAAGAACAAGCAGAAGAGUACGCCCGUCUCAUAAUGGAAGAACUUGACCCGAAUAAUCUCGGCUACGUCGAGAUAUACAACCUGGAGACAUUGCUACUACAAGCACCGAACCAAACAGCGCGUGGAGGAACUGGCAACAGUCGGAACCUAAGCCAUAUGCUGAGUCAAAAGCUGAAACCAACUCUGGAACCAAAUCCCAUGAAACGCUACUACCAACGUGGCCGCUACUUCAUGGAAGACAACUGGAAACGAGCCUGGGUUUUGGCUCUGUGGCUCUUCAUAUGCUUCGCACUGUUCACGUGGAAGUUCAUUCAGUACAGACGCCGGGCUGUGUACCACAUCAUGGGUUACUGUGUGUGCACAGCUAAAGGCGCUGCAGAGACGCUCAAGUUCAACAUGGCACUCAUUCUCCUCCCCGUCUGCCGCAACACCAUCACCUGGCUCCGUAAUAAGACCAAGCUCUCCUUCAUCGUCCCUUUUGAUGACAAUCUCAACUUCCACAAGGUGAUUGCGGCGGGUAUAGCGGUAGGUGUAGCAGUGCAUGGUAUAGUGCAUUUGACAUGUGACUUCCCUAGGCUUCUGCACGCCAGUGACCAGGAGUAUAUCCCCAUGAAGCCGUAUUUCGGGGAGACCAGGCCGGAUAACUUUUGGUGGUUCGUUAAAGGAACAGAAGGUUGGACUGGGAUUAUCAUGGUCAUUCUAAUGUUCAUUGCUUUCACUCUAGCUAUGCCUUGGUUUCGCCGAGGUAGACUAAACCUCCCUGGGCCGUUCAGACGCUUAACCGGCUUCAAUGCCUUCUGGUAUUCUCACCACCUCUUUGUCAUCGUUUAUGUUCUUCUCUUCGUCCAUGGUUUCUUCCUCUAUCUCACCCACAAAUGGUACAAGAAGACGACAUGGAUGUAUUUGUCUGUUCCGGUGAUUCUUUACGGGAGCGAGAGGUUGAUAAGAGCAUUGAGGUCGAGUGUUAGACCAGUGAGGAUACUGAAGGUGGCGGUGUACUCAGGGAACGUGCUGGCCUUGCAUGUGUCAAAGCCACAUGGCUUCAAAUACAGGAGUGGCCAAUACAUAUUCGUCAACUGUGCUGCUGUCUCUCCCUUUGAAUGGCAUCCAUUCUCCAUCACGUCGGCUCCUCAAGAUGACUAUCUCAGCGUACAUAUACGAACGCUGGGCGACUGGACUCGACAACUCAGAGCGGUCUUUUCGGAGGUGUGCCAACCACCAACCGGAGGAAAAAGCGGUCUUUUAAGAGCGGACUAUGAUCACAGAGCCAACUCACCUUGCCCAAACUUCCCAAGGGUGCUAAUAGAUGGACCGUACGGUGCACCGGCACAAGACUAUGAGAAAUACGAAGUGGUACUGUUAGUGGGGCUGGGGAUAGGCGCCACUCCAUUCAUCAGCAUCCUCAAAGACAUCGUUAACAACAUGAAGCUGUUAGACAGUGAACACACCAACACAAGCACCACCAAUCACAGAGGGAGCCGUUCAUUCAAGACCAGAAGAGCCUACUUCUACUGGGUGACAAGAGAACAAGGGUCCUUUGAUUGGUUCAAAGGCGUGAUGAACGAAGUGGCUGAGGCUGACAAGAAAGGCGCCAUAGAACUGCACAACUACUGCACCAGCGUGUACGAGGAGGGCGACGCGCGCUCCGCGUUGAUCGCCAUGUUGCAGUCACUCAACCAUGCUAAGCACGGCGUCGACAUCGUGUCCGGCACUCGGGUCAAGUCCCACUUCGCCCGACCCGAUUGGCGCCAUGUCUACAAACGCAUCGCACUCGCACACCGUGACCAACGCAUUGGCGUGUUCUAUUGUGGAGCCGCUGGGUUGACUAAGGAGUUACACCAGCUUGCGCUGGAUUUUUCCAGGAAGACGUCCACCAAGUUUGACUUCCACAAGGAGAACUUUUAGCUAGGUUCUGAUUAACCACGUCCUAAUAAAAAAUUUUCUAACUUAAUUAAUCUCCCCCAACAACUUUGUUUAUGAAUCUAGCUGACCUAAUUGUUUUGAGUUAUUUUAGUGGAGAGUUUGGGCCACCAUCCCAAGGAAUACUAACAUAAAAUAUAGGGUAACAUGAAGUGUUCACCCACCAAGGACAAAUGGGUUGUUCAACUCCCAAUGUAUAUAUUUAUAUAUUUGUACAAGUUACAAGGUAACUGCGUGGUGUAUAGUGUAUACAACUAGGUUCCCACUUGUCAUAUCAGAAUAUUUCACCUUCUAGAAAUGAUAUAUUUCGAGCCUACAAGUUCAUUUCGUA